CAGGCGCGCCGGCGCGAGUGGGAGAUGGCUCGCUUCGGGGAGGCGGCGGUGGUGGCCAGGCCCGGCUCGGGCUCGGGCGACUCGGACCAGAGCCGGAACCGGCCGGGGACCCCGGUGCCGGCCGCGGGUUCGGCGGCCGCCUACAAGCAGACCAAGGCGCAGCGCGCGCGGACUAUGGCCCUGUACAACCCCAUCCCGGUCCGGCAGAACUGCUUCACCGUCAACCGCUCCCUCUUCAUCCUCGCCGAGGAGAACAUCGUGCGAAAAUACGCCCGCAAGCUCACCGAUUGGCCGCCCUUCGAGUACAUGAUCCUGGCCACCAUCAUCGCCAACUGCAUCGUCCUGGCCCUGGAGCAGCAUCUCCCGGAGGACGACAAGACGCCCAUGUCCAGGAGGCUGGAGAAGACGGAGCCGUAUUUCAUCGGCAUCUUUUGCUUUGAGGCGGGCAUCAAGAUUGUGGCCCUGGGCUUCAUCUUCCACAAGGGCUCCUACCUGCGCAACGGCUGGAACGUCAUGGAUUUCAUCGUGGUCCUCAGUGGGGCCAAGCUCUGGGCGCCGGAGGGUGGUACCCUCAAAGAUGAGCCCCUUUUGGGGGGUCGAAGAGGGCUCCCCCAUCAUUUCCGAACUUACCCUGAAGACAGAUGA